CAGGCAUACUCACCCAUGGGUCAACAGUAUAGUAUUCUUGGAAGUGUUCUUGAGACGAGUUCUAUAUCGCAAGCCUUCGUGAGAAGCUAUCGAAAGAGUUUCAAUGGAUUUGCAGCCAGGCUCACUGAUAGAGAAAAAGAAAGACUAGCUAAUAUGGAAGACGUGGUGUCUAUAUUUCCAAGCAAAACUCUCCAACCUCAGACAUCACGUUCUUGGGAUUUCAUGGGCUUCACUGAGUCCAUCAGGCGAAGGCCUUUUGUUGAGAGUGAUGUUAUAAUCGGUGUUUUUGACACUGGAAUUUGGCCUGAAUCAGAGAGUUUUAGUGAUAAAGGUUUUGGCCCUAUCCCAAGAAAAUGGAGAGGAGUUUGUCAGGGAGGCAAAAAUUUCACCUGCAACAAUAAGCUCAUUGGAGCUCGAAAUUACAAUGCAAAGAAAGCUCCUGAUAAUUAUGUGAGGGAUAUAGAUGGUCAUGGAACCCACACAGCCUCAACAGCAGCUGGCAACCCAGUAACUGCAAGUUUCUUUGGGGUGGCAAAGGGAACUGCAAGAGGAGGGGUUCCAUCUGCAAGGAUUGCUGCAUAUAAGGUUUGCCAUCCAUCAGGAUGUGAGGAAGCAGAUAUAAUGGCUGCCUUCGAUGAUGCUAUUGCCGAUGGGGUUGACAUCAUUACAAUUUCAUUAGGCCUGGGAGGAGCAGUUGAUUUCACUAUUGACUCCAUCGCCAUUGGCGCUUUUCAUGCUAUGCAGAAAGGUAUUUUAACCGUGAAUUCUGCAGGCAACAAUGGACCCAAGCGAGCAACCGCAGUAGGCGUUGCACCAUGGUUACUCAGUGUAGCGGCCAGCAGCACAGAUCGCAGAAUCAUUAGCAAAGUUAUUCUUGGGGAUGGAACAAGACUAACUGGUGCAGCAAUUAAUUCUUUCCAGUUGAGAGGAGAGAAGUUUCCUCUUGUGUAUGGAAAAGAUGCUACAUCUAAAUGUGAUGCAUUCAGUGCCCAGAGAUGCAUAUCAAAGUGUUUAGACAGUAAAUUGGUGAAGGGAAAGAUUGUAGUAUGUCAAGCCUUCUGGGGUUUGCAGGAAGCUUUCAAGGCUGGUGCCGUUGGGGCAAUUUUGCUGAAUGACUUCCAAACUGAUGUUUCUUUUAUUGUCCCCUUGCCUGCAUCAGCUUUAAGACCGAAGCGUUUUAACAAGCUGUUGUCAUACAUCAAUUCAACAAAAUCGCCUGAAGCAACCAUAUUGAGAAGUGUGAGUAGAAAAGAUGCCUCUGCUCCUGUUGUUGCUCAGUUUUCAUCGAGAGGCCCUAAUAUCAUUUUGCCUGAAAUUCUGAAGCCUGAUAUAAGUGCCCCAGGAGUAGAUAUCCUGGCAGCAUUCUCCCCACUCGCUUCCCCCUCAGAGAUCAGUGGAGACAAAAGGGCAGCUAGAUACAAUAUAAUAUCAGGAACCUCUAUGGCCUGUCCCCAUGUUGCUGGAGUGGCUGCCUACGUUAAGACUUUCCACCCUAACUGGUCUCCUUCAGCCAUCCAAUCCGCUCUUAUGACUACAGCAUGGAGGAUGAAUGCUACCAGAACCCCAGAUGGCGAACUCGCUUAUGGAUCUGGGCAUGUAAAUCCAGUAAAAGCCAUAAGUCCUGGUUUAAUAUACCAUGCCCAUAAACAAGACUACGUUAAUAUGCUAUGCGGCAUGGGCUAUGAUUCAAAAAAUAUGAGACUCAUAACAGGAGAAAACAGCCAAUGUCCCAAGAACAGUACAUUCUCAGCAAAGGAUCUCAAUUAUCCUUCCAUGGCAGUUAAAGUUCCACCAAAUAAGCCUUUCAAAGUCGAGUUCCCUAGGAGAGUUAAAAAUGUUGGCCCUGCGCCGUCCAUAUACAAAGCAGAAGUCACCACAACAAGCCCACGACUCAAGGUGCGCGUGAUUCCUAAUGUUCUCUCUUUCCGGUCAUUAUAUGAGGAGAAACACUUUGUUGUGAGUGUUGUUGGCAAAGGAUUGGAAUUAAUGGAGUCUGCUUCGCUGGUGUGGUCCGAUGGUAGGCAUCUGGUGAAGAGUCCCAUUGUUGUGUAUACAGAUAAUGAUUUGCCUUCAGAUUAG